CCUUCACAUGCUUAGGUACUGAGCAGGUACUUGCCCAGCCUCUUCAACUCGUUAACAACGAACACGAUUCAGCUCUGAUCUACUUCUAAAGCUAUCUGUACAGCUCGAAUUCCACGGCUUCCACCAAUUCGCUUCUCUUUUUACUCCGCUAGUCAGACCGCCGCCUUGAUUGUACACUGCGCCACCUCGAUUGCCGCUAUGCUCAGUACAUCAUGAACCAUUCCACCGGUCGAUCUGGCUGUCGUACAUGGAGUGAGCCAUGUCGUCGAGGAAAGUUAUUUCAUAUAAUGACGAGUCCAGGCACCAUCGAGAUGAGGACGCCACGAUCUCCAGGGCUUUAUCCUACAAUAGUCGUCAUGUAGCUCAAGCCGGUGCUCCAACUACUCCCGCCGAUUCGAAACAAACGCUCACUUCAGAACGGCCGGUUGCACCUGUUCCUCAGCGACGUCAUGUAGUGAUUCCGGAUCCCGUCGCAUUUAGGUACUUGGAGGAGGACAAGUGCGUCAGGGUUGUCGAGCGGAAAGCCGAGCUAAAAGGAUAUGAAUUAUACCUAGUUGAACAAUGGGCUUGCUCCCGACAAUCUCCGACCGUCGUCAUUGUCACGUACACAGGAGAUAUGAGCCAUGGAGUUGUAGUUGGUGUUCUUUCAGUUCCCGCAGACGAGACGGCAUGGUCAACCCGCCUCCGCGUAUACUUCAAGGCCAUCCAUCAGUACCAUGCGCGACCUAGGGAGACGGAAUUGGGGGAAUUGAUGGUGACAAAUCUUAGCAGCUUCCCCUCCGCUCUAACUGUCAUAUCUGUUCCCGGCGGAAAUAUCAAGAAUCAGCGACGUACUUUUAUUGUCAACGAGAAUCUUAAAAGACUAGGCUGCUCGGGACGGUCUGCUAUAGCAUUAUCAGAGCCUAUACCUGCAGCCAAGGCAAAGUUCCAGCAACUCUACAAGACAAGCAACAAGAUUUCAACAGAAGAGGCUGCCAUUGAGCUGGUUAAGUUCUGUCAAGUAGCCCUCUACCUGUUCGGCAAGCUUGACCAAGUUUACAUCGACGGCUUGCUUUGUGAUGUGACGGAAACUUCCGUUGGUGAUUGGUGGACCGAGUUUGGAGUUGAAUAUUUUAACGUAGAACCUACGGACGGCAUACUUGGGCCUACCACCGUAGCCGCAUUGCUUGGCUUGUUAGGAGGUGCCAGGAAUAGAUUGAGUUAUGCGGGUGUGUCAGUUCCCAAGGACGUAUUCGAAAUAGACUCGACGGAAAGAGGCAUAUCCCAAUUUCAAAAGUAUCACAAACUCGAGAGAACACGUCGGCUUGAUCGGCAAACUAUGCACAAACUACAUACUCUUACUGCUAAGGCGGCAGCUGGAGAAGGGUGGGGUGUACAGAAAGCGGUCAAAUCGACAGUCACCGACAUAGGUGGCAAACGAGGCGAAAUAGUCUUGGGAAUGGUCGGGAGCCGUGAUAAGGGCGGUAUUGGUGAUAUUGAAACAAUUGACCUUGAUCGUUUCAUUGGUUUAGUUACUGGGGAGCGCGCGAAAUGGCUUUGGCACGGGAAACCCAAGCGUACACCAGCUUUUGACCACGAAAAAUCAGGACCUGACAUGAUUCUACUUGGCAAAGAGGAAACCAGAGCAUCUUUCGAAGACGACCCCGACCAGCGUCGAAGGGAGGAUUCUCCAGCGAUAAACUCGACACCUGUUCCCGACCCGGUGGCCAGUGUAACCGAUAGCCCGAUAGAAAAAGAUGUAAUGCGACGAGGGAUGUUCAAAAGUGUUGCCCGCGAUGCUCGAUCGGGUCUCGGUCGUAUCAAGGAUGCCAUGACGAGCGGCAGUGGGCUGCGAAGUCACGUAAGUCGACCGUCAAGGGAUGAAUCUUCCAACUUCGCCUUCAACGAUUCCCAACAUUCUUUUCUAUCGGGUACAUCAACCGGCCUUGUAAGUAGCCCAGCACAGCUCCCUAGUUCGGCACAACUUGGCAGAGCCUUCACUUGGAAGAAUAAGCCUGAAGAAUAUACAAAUGCGAUGAGGAAGGAGAAGGAACCCUCUACCUCACUACCUUCAGCGGGUAUAUUAGGGCAAGGUGAGACAUCAAGUAAUGAAGCGCGGCUGCCGACUCGAAUCAACGAUGCGAUUCAAAAACUAUCUUCUCAUGAUAAAAAGCAAGUGUCACAACUUCAAGCCCAGGACAAUCCCGUUACAGCAGAGCCGUCCGUGGCUGGAUCCGUUGCAGGCGAGCGCAUGAGCGAGGUUGGAACAGAAGACGCUUCUCAAAUAGCAGUGUUGCGUUCAGCUGCAUCUCUGUCAUUAAUGAAUUUACACCGUCGGCACAGCAUCGCCGGCACUCGACCGUACCUAGGUUCGUCGUCGGCCGAUCGCCGCUGGGCUCGAAGGUUAUCAUUUGGCCAUGCCGAAGAAGCUGUCCUCAAAUGGGACGAAGUGAUAGAUUUUUCCGAUGCGGAAGCUUUGGAUAGCAGUACGACGUCAGAAUAUCAAGCACGCCUUCUCGAGGUCGCACAGGCCAUGUAUAUGAACAUUGCACAAAUCGAAACCGAGGUUGAGCCUUGGGUCAAGCGCAAGGUUCGGUCUGCUCAAACGACUAGCGAGCUAUUCGCCCGUCAAGUGGAAGAGUUGCACAUCAUGUACCACGAAUCGUCUGCCAGUUAUCAACGAGCACAUCACAACUAUCAAGGCAUUCUCUCCGAGCACAAGGAGCAUCUUACCGAGGCGCUCGGUCGAAUUGAAGGGGAGGCAGCUAAGCUAGAAUACGAAAUCACAGCGCUGCGGUCAAGAGUACAAGAGGUUGAAGAUAGCACUGCACAGUUCGAGAUUCAAGUUGCUGAGGUUGAACAGAGAGCCGAUGAACUGAAGGCACAACUAGAGAAGGAAAGCUGGCUACACUGGGCUGUGAGAACAUUGACCGGUAUAGGAACGGGUCCCAAUGUCACGCGGCCACGUCAAUAACAAGCGAGGCUCCAUGUCAGUGGCUGUGCUCCUCGUUAUUUUUGGAUAUUUUAACUUUUUUCUGGUUUUUUUUUUUUCUGGGAAGGUUUGACAUGACCAUAGUUUAGCCGAUUAUUUUGGAUAUAGAUACCCACAACAUGCAUCAGAGACAAGGUAUUACUGAAAUGCUUCCGCAAUGGUUAAUUGGUCGUGGUUUUGUACAUUUUGUGAUAAAUCUACCGAUACUCUCUCAUCGUUGUAAAUGUAAGGUAAGUGUACAGGUGGAAUUGACUACUGAUUAGAUAG